AUGAUUGGGGAUUUCAAUGAAGUGCUUGGUGGGGAGGAUAAAUUUGGAGGGAAUCAAAUUAAUUUAAAUAGGGCCCUUGAGUUCAAAGCAUGUUUGGAUUCGUGCAAUUUUGUUGAUCUUGGGUUUGCAGGCCCUAAAUAUACUUGGACUAAUAAAAGGCAAAUUUCGGAUUUGAUUUUGGAAAGAUUGGAUAGGUGCUUUGCUAAUCCAAUUUGGAGAAUUUUGUACCCUAAGGCGGUUGUUAUUCACCUCCCUAGAACCUUUUCUGACCAUCAUCCUAUUUUGAUUGAAUUAUGGAAACCCAAUGCGAAUGGUUUGGAGCGGCCUUUCCAUUUUCAAACUAUGUGGCUUCUUCAUCUAGAUUUCCAUAGGAUUGUUAGAGAAGCUUGGCCUGAAGGUGUUCCUUUAAAAGUGGCCACUAUAGAUUUUACUAGGAAGGCUAAGAAGUGGAAUUAUGAGGUUUUUGGAAAUCUUUUUGCAAGAAAGAAGAGGGUGUUAGCCAGAUUGAAUGGUACUCAGAAGGCGUUGGCUGAAAAUCCUACUGAGUCUCUUAUGAGACUAGAGAAUCAACUUAUUGAAGAGUAUUCCUCUAUUUUGCUUCAAGAAGGAGUUCUAGGCUCUUAA